GAUUUCAACCCGUUUGAGGCACGGCUGAUUGCGACCACCCGCUGAUGCCAGUAUGACGUCGCGACAGCUCCCCACUAUUAAUAUAACCUUCAUUUCGCUCCAGUUGAAGUUUCGUCUGCAGUGACACCCCCAGAGGCUCACGAAAGUUUGUUUGAAGACUGCGAUGUCGUUGUCCAAGCACAUUGACACACACGCUUUGUUCGCUCAUGCGAGGGACCAUCCUCAUCGAAAGUUUAUCUCUAAUCGACGCCGUGAAUUCCAAUCAAAUGCGUACACGAAUCGAUAUGAGAUAGAGAAUGUCCCCAAGUAUCGAAUCCCCGAUACCGGGGUUAAUGCCUCGGCAGCGUAUCAAUUGAUCCAUGACGAAGUAGAGCUCGAUGGCUCUCCAUCUCUCAAUUUUGCGAGCUUUGUGCACACCUGGAUGCCUGACGAGGCGUUGAAGCUGGUAGUUGAGAAUAUUGCCAAGAACUUUUCUGACCAAGAUGAAUAUCCUGCCACGAUGCAAAUUCAUUCACGCUGUAUUUCCAUGCUCUCUCACUUGUGGAAAGCGCCUAAAGGUUCUCAUGUCAUUGGAACGGCGACGGGGGGCUCUUCCGAAGCCAUCAUGCUAGGUGGUUUGGCGAUGAAAAAGGCUUGGGUGGAACGGCGGAAAGCCGCAGGAAAGGAUUACUACCAUCCAAAUGUCAUCAUGGGUGCUAACGCUCAAGUCGCAAUUGAGAAGUUUGCGAGGUACUUUGACGUCGAGGCUAAGUUGGUGCCCGUCACGGAGGAGGGGGGGUAUGUCAUGUCACCGAAGGAUGCAAUCAAAUACGUUGAUGAGAACACAAUUGGUGUCUUCAUCAUCCUUGGAAGCACAUACACGGGUGGCUUCGAAGACGUGCAGGAGAUGAAUGACCUUCUGGAUAAGUAUGAAGCCGAGACGGGUAUUAGUAUCCCUAUCCAUGUGGAUGCCGCUUCCGGCGGAUUCGUUGCCCCAUUCGUAUAUCCUGGAUACAAGUGGGGUUUCGAUGUUCCGCGUGUUCAUAGCAUCAAUACCUCUGGGCACAAAUUUGGACUAACUUAUGUUGGUUUGGGAUGGAUACUUUGGAAAGAUGAGAGUCUUCUCCAUAAAGACCUCAUUUUUGAGCUGCAUUACCUUGGGUCUACGGAACAGUCGUACACGCUCAAUUUCUCCAGGCCGAGCGCGCCCAUCUUGGCUCAAAUGUUCAACUUCCUCAAUCUUGGGUUCGCGGGAUACAAGAACAUUGCAGAAGCGGAUCUUGCGAACGCUCGCCUCUUAUCUCGUGCACUUGAGGAGUCAGGAUGGUAUAAAUGCCUCAGCAAUAUCCACAUCCCAUACAAAAAAUCCAGUAUUACGGGUGCCAUUGGCAGCGUGAUAGGCGAUCCUUCCGGUAGGGUCGACGAGGAUAAGGCGGCAUUUUAUCAGAGGGGCCUGCCAGUUGUUGCGUUCAGGUUCUCGGACGAGUUCAAGCAAAAUUACCCUCACGUACAGCAGUCAUGGAUCCAGAAUCUUCUGCGUCAAAAGCAGUGGAUCGUUCCCAAUUACAACAUGCCUCCAAAUGUGGAAAAGGUGGAAGUUCUCCGCAUUGUUGUACGCGAGAGCAUGAACCCAGACAUAAUCGAACGUGUGGCCGCGGACAUAUUGGAGAUCACGGAGCAACUUACGAAAACGGACUCCGGCGUUUUCCAAAUGCAACUAGCUUUUUCCAGCAGCAACCUGAGUCCCAACACUAUUGAGCACGAGAUUGGCAAAUUCAAAGCGGAAUCCGACGCACCAAGAGAGCAACAAACUUACUCCAGGAUCUGCUGAUCAUUAACUGGUAGUACUCAGCCCUGCACAUCAGGUGUGAGGUUUAAGCGCUUUGGUGUAUUUCUGUACUUUGUACAAUUGUAACAAGUCGGCAGGAACACUGCGACAAUGAACGUAGCUCUGUAUGUAACCACGGUAAAAUUCCACAUGGCUUGGAAAUCGUACUCAUCCAGCUUGCUCGAA